CUGUGAGUUCCGUAAUUUUUACUGAACAUUUCUCUCCGUGUGGUGAAUUUUUAUUUUCCGCCGGUCGUGUUGGUUUGAUUCGAGCGCGAUGAGUGGGUCAGGGAAGGGUCUGCUGGGCAUGUGGCUGUACAGGAGGGGAGAGGAGUGGGCAAUCAAGGAAGGAAGCCCCAUGCAUAAAGCUAAAGAUAUGCCGAUGAUCGAGAAAGACGAGCAAUCGGACACGAAGAAUUCCGUUGUUUUUUCCCUGAAGGAUCAGGUCGGAGGAUUAGCUCGAGCACUCCAAGUAUUUCAAGAUUUGGGGGUGAAUGUCGUGCAUAUUGAGUCGAGGAAGUCCGUUCGACGUGGCUCGGAGUACGAGAUACUCGUGGAUGUUGAGUGUGAGCCCAAGAGGAUGGAACAACUCAUGAGAAUGCUGAGUAGGGAGGUUGCUGCUAUCAAUUUGUCGCAGUAUGAACAGAUUGGCAGUGUUCCACGCCCACCAUGUCUUUCGGCUGCACCAAGUUUCGAUUUUAGUGAAGUCGAUAUGCCAUGGUUUCCUCGCAAAAUAUCCGAUCUUGAUCAGGCACAGAAGGUCUUGAUGUAUGGAACCGAGUUGGAUGCCGAUCAUCCAGGAUUUAAAGAUCCUGUAUAUAGAAAACGUCGGGAGCAAUUCGCGGACAUAGCUAACAACUACAGACACGGCCAGGCUAUUCCACGAGUGCAGUAUACACCCGACGAGAUAAAAACCUGGGCUACUGUCUUUCGUGAAUUGCAUCAACUCUAUUUGAAGCAUGCGUGCAAAGAGUACCUCGAUAAUUGGCCUAAACUGGUGAAGUAUUGUGGGUACAGGGAAGAUAAUAUCCCACAAUUACAAGAUAUUUCCAACUUCCUGAAACGAAUGACUGGAUUUCAACUGCGACCAGUCGCCGGGUAUUUAUCACCCCGCGACUUCCUCGCCGGUCUGGCAUUUCGAGUUUUCCACUGUACGCAGUACAUACGACACUCUUCAGAUCCAUUCUACACGCCGGAACCGGACUGUUGCCACGAGCUCCUGGGGCACAUGCCCCUCCUCGCCAACCCCAGUUUCGCCCAAUUCUCCCAAGAGCUUGGACUAGCAUCCCUGGGAGCCUCGGACACAGACAUCGAUAAGCUCGCAACUCUCUAUUUCUUCACCGUUGAAUUCGGUCUCUGUAAACAAGAUGGCGUCCUCCGAGUCUAUGGAGCGGGUCUCCUUUCUUCAGUAGCGGAACUCCGACAUGCGGUCACUACGGAAGAAAAAAUAUUACGAUUCGAGCCGGAAAUCACCUGCAAGCAGGAAUGCAUUAUCACGGCUUUUCAAAAUGCUUAUUAUUACACGGAGAGCCUCGAAGAAGCUAAAGAGAAGAUGCGAGCUUUCGCUAAUCAGAUUCAACGACCCUUCGGCAUUCGUUACAAUCCUUACACCCAAUCGGUGGAGGUUCUCACAGACGCCCAGAAGAUAACAGCCCUCGUGAGUGAACUUCGGGGCGAUCUCUGCAUAGUGUCAAACGCCCUCCGAAAGAUCCAGGAGCAAGACGAUACGGUCGACAUCGAGAGGAUAACGAGUCUCCUGACCCAAGGAAUCGACUUACCCCAGGACUCUUCGUCCUCAGACAGCGACGACGGCGACAAAAGCCCGAAUGUCCACGAGCCUGAAAGGAACAUCGAGAACAGAUCGAACGAGGAGGAAUACCAUCCCGAUCCCAGUCUACUAGACCGUCAACGUUGAACGUAAAUAUUCGAUGGUUUACAAAUAAAGUAAUUCAAAUAUAGAACAUCAAAUAUAAAUCAACGAUAAUUUUUUUUCGAUCAGGAAAUUAUGAAUGAUUUUUUUUCAGUUUUAAUUUGAAAAGCAAUGGAAAAUUAAAAAGUUAGUUUUUAGUUUUGCGUCGAUUCUAUCAAAAAUUUAAAACAAUUCCGCACAUUUUUCUUCAGCAGAAGCAUUUAAUGAAAAGAUUCAGUGUCAGAAAAUUAACGUGUUUAAUUUUCCUAUUCAAUUUGUUUAAUUGAGAUGUUUUCCAUUGCAAUUCCGCGGAAUGAAAUUCUCAACAUUUUUUUACUGUAUUUUUUUUUUCAUAAAAAAAAGAAGAAAAAAAUCUGUCGAUCCUUCCUAUAGAAAAGCUAGGCGAUUUUUUAAUAGAAUUCCCUAGCAAGUGUUAGAUUCUUCAAUUUUUUUCGCAGAUGACAUUCUCCAUUCAAUUUUCAUAUUCAACGAUGAAAAAAUUUACUGCAAAACAAUUUCCAAUUUGGCAAUUGAAAAUUCAAUAACGACACCUCUGGAAUUAUUGAACAUAAAUAUUAAAAUUAAAUAUGAUGUUUCAACUCGUCUCUAGUUAUAAUCAGCUGACAUAGCUCCCCCUCACCUUGUGUACCUGUUGAAAAAUGCUUAUAAUAUUGAUGUUGACAAAUAUAUUAUCUCCCAAAUAAAAAUGAACAAUAAAUUUGAUCUGAAGUCUG